UGUGUAACCUCGACAAACCCACCCAGCAUUAAAUCUAAAACUCACCCAAUUUUUUUUUGUUUCUUUGCAAAGUUUUCACUUUCACUUGCUCACGAAAUUCUUCCGCGCGAGCGUAUCGCUUUCCCGCUCUGCCAUCCAUCGACGAUCGUACUCCCGUUCCCUACGCUGUUCUCGUUCUUUCUAACCAAGAUUUUCACAACACGCAGCAUCCCUACACACGAGAGGGUACGAUCGGUCUUGGGCAAACACCUACAGCCAUCUCUCUUCCACUGCUGCACACACACCAACGCUGACGAUUGGCAACGGUUGGUGGAAAAUUCAGAAUAUCGUACCCCGGCACUCGAGCCCGGUUCGAAGCGGCAAGUAAUCCCAGUACGCCACGGUACGAUCGCGAGGAAAAACGCGCUCAAAGUGUGAACGAUCGUGUAUGUGCGCGGGCGCGCGAUCUCUCUCUCUCUCUCUGUCUGUCCCGCCGUUCGGGAAGCUGUUGGCAGUAGUCCAGGGCCCCAGUAGUGUGGACGGUUGUUAUAAUUUUAUUGUGCGAUUAUCAUCGGGCGCACUGGUCAAAAAGUAUCCCCGCGGUGCGGCGGUCCAUUUCCAUCCGUAAUCAACACGGCAGGAACAUUUUCCUGCCUAGUUGAAAGUUUAAUUAUUAUUGUUCUGCCUAACGAUCGACGAACGCGGGGAACGUUGAGAUGAGGUGCGGCAUAAAAAAAUCGAAGUGAAGUGUGCGUGUGCGUGUGGGUCUAGUGGUUUGCACGAGGAAAAGUCAGUGGCCGGUUGGUAGCUGCAUCGCGGGAAACGGGGCAAUAAUUUAUCCCGGUAGUAGUACAAGCAACGCCGACGCUUUUCACGAGCCAGGAAUCGUUAUUGUGUCCCGCGCAGGUUGGUGAUCGUGCCGGUUGAAAACGCUUAGAAUCCGUGCGCUUCUGAAUCGUUUGGCGCACGGGCGGCUUUGAUUUUCCCCCAAUCGUGGCAUCAUGUGUGAAAAUUCGUGAAGCCUGCCGCGACCUUUGUCUGUCGUUGCUGCGCUCGAUGACAGAGGAAGUGUGAGCUGAAGAAGUGCGAAUUGCCGUGGACCCCGUGAAGACCCCGCGGUGCCGAUUAGUGAAAAUUGGUGAAGGUGUGAAAAUUGUCUGCGAAAGAAAUGAUGGAUAAUUAAGUGGAAAUUAUCACCCCUUUUUUGUGUGUAGGAAAGAAAAUAUUUUAAAAGCCCUUUUCAAACAACGAGUUCGAAUCAGUUCGAAAGUGUUUUGCACACCUCGUAGUGCUCAGAAGGUAAUCGUCCUUGUGGUUCUCGUUAUGAUGCAUCAUCUUGAUUUUUCCAACGGUCAUCGGCACGGGGACGGUACGCUUGGCAUGUCGGGCGGAUCGGCAGGCGCGACCAUGCUGCACGAAUCCUUCUCUAGCCUCGUUGGCAACGUACCGUCGGCAGUGGAUUUGAACGGCACGGACUUUCUGCAUCACUACAGUCCGGCGGCGGUUGACUAUUGGAGCCCAGUGUCCUACAAAAAUGGCACAAAUCCUAUGAAGGCAAUGGAAGCCUGUCUCCAGAACGCCAACAAAGGUCAGUACAAUCCGUUGGAGCAGGUCGAGCAGCUAAGCAUCAACUGUGACAGCGAAUCGCAAGGCUCUCCGCUGCAGCAAACAACCGUCCACAGUCUUCAGCAGACAGCUUCGAACAACGGUAAUCACCUCGGACAUCAUCAACUUAACCAUAUCAACAACAACAACAACAGCCUUAGUAGCAACAAAAAUCUGCACGAGUCACGCACCCAUGGCAAAAGCCAUCCUCGAAGCACAGAUUCGCGCCAAAAGUCUCGCGCAGGACAGCGCGGUGGCACCAGCUCCCAAGGCUCUUCGCCCCGAGAGACGAGCGAGGACACACGCGUCGGCCUGGAUGAAGAUCAAGGUGAUUCGAGCAGAUCGGAUGAGGACGAGGAAGACGUUGGUGAUGGUAGUGACGACGAUACGGGUGGUGGUGGUGAUGGUGGAGGUAGUAGAAGGGAAUCCAUCAUACAAAAUGGCAGCAGACAGCAGCAGCAACACCAACAAUCCGUCAAGCAGCUGGGAGCGCCCCCAACGGCUACUUUCGCGGGCAAAAAGUCCCCCGACGUGGAUAAGCCUUAUCACUCGUCCCUGGCGUCGGUGGUGGUCGUGCUGGAGGGCAAACACUUGUGGGACAAGUUUCACGAGCAGGGCACGGAGAUGAUUGUCACCAAAGCCGGCCGGCGCAUGUUUCCCACCUUCCAGGUGAAGGUGGUCGGGCUGGAGCUGGCCGCGGAGUACCUCAUGAUUAUGGACUUUGUGCCGCUCGACGAUAAGCGCUAUCGAUACGCGUUCCACACCUCAAGCUGGGUCGUGGCCGGAAAGGCGGAUCCCAUCUCACCGCCGCGCAUCAGCGUCCAUCCGGACUCCCCGGCGACCGGUGCCACCUGGAUGAAGCAAACCAUUUCCUUCGACAAGCUGAAGCUCACCAACAACCAGCUCGACGACAAUGGACACAUCAUUCUCAACUCGAUGCAUCGCUACCAGCCCCGGCUACACGUUUGCUACUUCACGCGGAACGGCGUCAAGGACGAAAAGGACACGCUAACCCAUCGCACGUUCGUCUUCCCGGAAACGUCAUUCACGGCCGUCACCGCCUACCAAAACCAGCGGGUAACGCAGCUUAAGAUCGUCAGCAACCCCUUCGCCAAGGGCUUCCGGGACAACGAAACGAAUGAGGAAUCCCAGGAACGAUCGGCACCGGCUAUAAGCGAUCGGUUGAAAAACGAGCGCAACUCCAGCUACAAGAAAGAUAGCGAAAUGGCGACAAUUUCAACCGGCACGUCGUCCUCCUCACCGCGGAUCACUUCCUCCACCUCCGGUACCACACCCUCCACCACGACGCCCUCCGUCCUAGCGCUUCAUCAAUCCGCACACCAUCAACCCGCCCUGCACCAUCUCCAGCAUCAUCUGCAGCAUCUUCACCACCAGCCGCCCGUCGAAGGCACCGCGGCGACAACCGACGGCCAUCAUCAUCAUCACCAUCAGGCGCACCAUCUACAGCAGCAGCAGCAGCACCACCACCUCCAAAACGGAACCGCCGGUGGAUUGACCUCCCUCGUGCCGGGACACCAUUCGCCCCUCAACUCACCAGCAUCGUCGUCCGGCGGUGGGUCCUCCCUGUCCCCGUACGGUCUAUCGCCACACGGUACCGGUUCGGGCAGUACACCGACGACCAGCGUUUCCGUCGGUUCCGGUGGCAAUAUGCUGUCGCAACCGUACGCAUCCGACGCGAGUGGAUUCGGACCGAUCUACCACCACCAUCAUCAUCACCAUCAUCACAACCCGUUGGCUGGGGGACCUCCAACCCCGUACAUGGGACAUCCAUCGUUCGUGGACAAGUACAAACUAUCCACCACACCGCCACCCGCUCCACCACCGCCACCAAACACACUAACGCCACCCGGGACGACGUACGCCGGCCAUUAUCAGGGUUUCUACGCUGGGGCCGGACAUCCCGGGGCCGGUAUGCUAUCGGGCGGACAUCACACAAUGGCACACGGUGCUAGGACGACCGUUGCAUCGAUCGCUUGUCGGGACCGGGCCGAUCAUGGUUGGUAUCCAUGAUCAUUGGAGUGAUUGUACAUAGGCGUGAUCGGAACAGGUGUACGUGAAAGGUAUUAGUGUGUUCUGUUCGUCUGGAUAACGAGUUUGUAGCAAACGUCAACAUUGGUGAAAUGGUGUCCUUCCAAAUCCAUGACCGUUGUAGAUAUCCGUUCUUGUGUGAUCUUGAUGAUCAGUUACACUUCCUUCUCAGCUCUGGAAUUUUUGGAGGAGAUCUCCGAUUUGUGAGGUUCGCCAAUCAUUUUCACAUCAAGUCAAGGAUGUCAGAGAUAGAUAGGCUCGUAGAUCUCGACAUCCAUAAUGAUCACCUCAACUUAUCCAAGAUCUUCUCAUCUGAGUGAUAAUGCUCUGGAAUCGAGAGUCCCGAUUGGAGAUAUUGCUUCUUUAGGUCUAACAUCUGAUUCCCCAUCGGAACUGACAGGCAAUCUGGAUUUUAUAGGGUGCACUCAUGAUGCUCCAGACCCGAGAGGCCAGCUGUCUACAUAUUGGCAAAGUGACUCGCGAACAAACCCUUGGGGGUAACAGGACCAGUCCAUUGAACGUCAUUGAAAAAUAUUUGAAAAUUAUUUAUUAAGAAGAAUAAUCUAAAACUCAUCAAUAAACGAGAACGUUAUUCUAACAA